AUGAUGAACAAGCCAUUUGGAAAGAGCGGCGAUAUGAGUGAGCUGGUGGGCUCCCUGGCCUGGCUGGAGGAAGACGGCAGCUCUCAGGAUGGCGAGGAAAGCUCAGAGAUGAGGGGCCACCAUGUCCUGCUUGAAGGAAGCAGACACUCCUGCUCCGAGCUGGGCAGCGAGGACAUGGAAGAAGAAGAGGAGGAGGAGGAAGAGGAGGAGGUGAUGAGUGGGCCUAAUGGAGAAAUGGCUCCUAAAAGGAGGGGGCCCAAGAAGAAGAAGAUGACCAAGGCUCGUCAGGAGCGCUUCCGGGCCCGCCGCAUGAAGGCCAACGCCAGGGAACGCUCGCGCAUGCACGGCCUGAAUGACGCGCUGGACAGUUUGCGGCGAGUGAUGCCCUGCUACUCCAAAACGCAGAAGCUGUCCAAGAUUGAGACGCUGCGGCUGGCCCGCAACUACAUCUGGGCGCUGUCGGAGGUACUGGAGAACGGCCAGUCUCCGGAGAGCCACGGCUUUAUGGAGAUGCUGUGCAAAGGCCUGUCGCAGCCCACCAGCAACUUGGUGGCCGGCUGCCUGCAGCUGGGCCCAGCGCCCUUGCUCAUCAACAAGCCUGAGGACAAGUGCGGAGGCCCCGGCUCAGUCGCCGCGGGGGGUCAGGCCGGCCGUGGCCUCAGCUACCCAUCCCCGGGGCUCCCCAGCCCCCCUUACGGCUCCCUUGAGGCAUCCCACCUCCUCCACAUGAAGGGCUUCAAGGGGGGGCAGUCAUUCGACCACCCCUCCCCUCAUGAGUGCGGCGGCGGCGGAGGCACCCCGCCGUACGACGGGCCCCUCACGCCCCCCCUCAGCAUCAGCGGCAACUUUGCCCUGAAGCAGGAGCCGUCGCCCCAGGAGUCCGAGAGGAACUACACGGGCCACCACGCCCAUUACCUGACGUCCCACCAUUACCCCGCCUCGGUGAGCGCCGGCCUAGCCGGGGGGCAUCAGGGCCACCCUCUCUUCCAGGCCUCCCGCUACGAGCUGCCCCUGGACGUGGCCUUUGACUCCUUCGCUUCUUCUCAUCUGUUGGCUGCUCAGAUGGGUACCAUGUGAAAAGACCCUCACAGUGGUCAACGGGCUGUCACUUUUCUACCU